AUGUCUGGUUCAAUAAAAGCCCCGCCUAAGCGGGUGAAUUCAUACCAGUACUACUUCAGCAAAGUCUAUGAAAAACGAUUACGCUACUGGAACAAAAUCACGUUUCUUUUGGCCCUCGCUGCCAGCGCCAUUUUGGCCUUUCCAUACAUGAGCAUCUUCAGAAACAUAGUUUACACGCUUACCUUCCGAGCUCCCUUGAUCUAUGGCGGACUUUAUCUUGUCAAAAUUUGCCGCAACGGCAAUUCCACUGUUUCGUACACAACCAACAAGACAUUGGCUCGGCAGUUGGCUAGAAGCGUUUUCAGUCGUCGAUACCUUAUUAGUUUGGCCUACUUUACGGCGUCUGCCUUUGUCUUGUAUGGUCUUUUCAUGGCACAAUUGCCCUUAUGGUCUAAGUACAGUGUGGUGGCGAAGGAGUUCCGGAAAAGACCGGCCAUCAAUGACGAAUGGGUGUUCUUCUGGUUCCACGCUUACUUUGUUGCAUUGGCCUACACUCUUCAGCACAUUGUGUUUCAGCGGAACAGGCUUCUGUUCAGGUACGGCGUCAAUCACGUUAAGCCAGACCUGGUGUUAUUUUCUAAAGCCCCUGCGCUUGUGGGUCAUGCUGUGCUUUUCAACUCGGUGACUUUGGUCUCAUCACCAGUGGUCUACUGGGUAAUCCGCCUGGUAAUUUACAAAAUCAACUGGAUGGUGUUUGCCGUGCUUGGCUUAGACCUGUCGGUACCCCGGUUCCACAUUGGCAUCCGUACUCUUUUCAAUGUGUCGUUUGUCUCGUUUGUUGUGUUUUUGCUUUGGGAAGUCGUGAACCACGUGUACGACACUUACGCCACCAUUGGGUGCUUGGACGGCAAGAAGCCGAUCAGCAGCUACAGUGAAGACCCUGUGAGCUCGCUUCUUCUGUGCCUCCGUGACGUUGAACCCGAAACCCAAAUCGCUAGGUUGACCGCAUUCCAGGAAUUGGCCUACAUCGCCACCACCAACGACCCGGAGGGCGUCAAGAGAAGAAAAGACAUCUACAGCGCUCAUUCAGUGGCCGGCUUUGUUUGGCCUGCCAUCCUUGACGAGUGUGCCUUGGUGAUCAAGGAAACGUCAUCCAGAGUCAACUACAGAACUCAGUCCGACAUGAACGCCCUUAGAGGCAGCCAGCCCGUCAAGCCAGAGGAAACGAUAGAAGAAAACAAAGACUCGUUCCUUUUUGGUAAUUCCUUCAAUGCUAGUGCUGACACUACUCAGCCCAUGGUUGAUGCCUCCUCCAGUCCUCUCAGGCGGUACGAAGAACCUGUGACCAAGUCAUCUUUCAUCACCAGACUCGAAAAGCAUUCUUUGGGCAAGCUAGUUGUGGCUCAAAUCAUAGUCCCAGCGCAGAAGUUCUUGUCUGCUUACCUCAAUCCCCAAGCGUCCAGGCCGAGACCUCAAACAGUCACCAACAAGCUUGCUUUGCUCCAGAAGUACUACACCGAGUACCGCAACGAGUUGCUUGAUUCUAGCAUUGGUGUUUUCUUCAGAAUCACCCUUAAAAAAGACACUGAGUCGCGGGUGGUGAACCCAGUGAAUUACGGCAAUGCCGUCAUCGCCCUUCUGGGCAUUUUGAUCCAUGCUGUGGAGGAGGAUCGCAACAACACCGUCACCGGCGCACACAUCAGUGAGGUGUUGAAUCUUUUGGAGAGACCCAUCAGAGCAUGCGCCAAUUAUACUGACAUUUUGCCAGCAUCGAUAUACCUCACAGCGGAACAAAGAGAAAACGAGCAAGCCACCAAGCACCACCUUAUGGCUCUCUUGCACGACUUGACCAUCCAGGAGUUUUUCCAACUUUGCGUCAAGUACAACUACAAGCUCAACGAUUUGCUGUUAUCGUCGCGUGCAUUCAAGCUCGCCAAGUGGGUCAUUGACGCCUCGAUCGCCCAGCAGCAGAAGGAAAAGGAGUCUUCUGAUUUGUAUUACUAA